UGAUCCGCCUGCCUCGGCCUCCCAAAGUACUGUGAUUACAGGCAUGAGCCACUACGCCCAGCCCUAAGUUUAUCUUUUAACCCUUGUACCUUUUGGGGGAGUUUUUACAUUAUAAUUUUUAAUUUCCUGGGAAAUUACAAAAAAAUCCAUAGAGUUCUAUUCUUAUUUCAUAGAGGAAAUAUCUCUGAUUAUUUUUCAAAUUACGAAAUUUUCAAACACAUAUACAAGUAUAAUAGUAUAGUGUACCAAUCAUCCUAUUUUGUUGUUUCCUGAUGAGAAGACAUACAUAUUUAGCAUUAGCCAGCUGGACUCAGUUUAGAUUAUUCAAUUUUGUUGGCAACAUCCAGAGCAUGGUAACCAGGAGCCAGUCAAACAUAUGCCUUCUUCUUUCCAUCAGGCUUGAUCAAGGUGUUGGCCUUGGCCACAUCAGUGUCAUAGAGCUUCUUCACAAGCCUGUGAGGAAGGCUUGUUGUUGGCUUUAAGAUCCACAAUGAGCACAAGUGUGUUACAUUCUAUCUUCUUCAUGGCAGACACUCAGUAGGAAUUUGAUGAUAGCACAGUGGUCAAUCUUGUUUCUCCUGAGGGUGCUCUUCUGAAGAUACGUGGGCUGCCUCCAGAGUCUCAGUUCUUGGGCUGCUAGAAGGGAGGACUUUGGGUGAAAUGCAUCCCUCCUGUGACUGGACUGGAGAAACAAGAACAGAAGCAUCCUGAUCUCUCCACUCUACUAUGCAGGCUUAUGUACUCAUAAAAAUGGCAGUUAUGGACCUAUCUUCCACAUGGGCUUUCACUAAACAGGACUCUGCCCAUUUCCAUCUGAGAAAUGCUGAAGAGGAAAGGAUGAUUACUAUAUUUCUGACAACCUGGUUACAGGAACCAAUGACUUUCAAAGAUGUAGCUGUGGAGUUCACUCAGGACGAGUGGAUGAUGCUGGAUUCUGCUCAAAGAAGUCUGUACAGAGAUGUGAUGUUGGAAAACUAUAGAAAUCUCACCUCCGUGGAAUAUCAAUUGUGCAAGCUUACUGUGAUCUCCCCAUUGGAUCAAGAAGAGAUAAGGAAUAUGGAAAAGAGAAUUCCCCAAGGCAUCUGUCCAGACCAGAAGAUUCUACCUAAAACCACAGAAUCAACUGUGCAGAAAAUUUUAUGGGAGGAGCCAUCCAGUGCAGUGAAAAUGAUAAAAUUCACAAUGCAUAAUUGGUCCUCCACAUUAAAAGAAGACUGGGAAUUCCAUAAGAUCAGAAAACAGUGUAAGAUUCCAGGGGAACAUUGGAGGCAAGUGACAUAUGCCCCAAAGAAAACAGUAUCUCAGGAGCUAUUCUGUGACGAUCAUGAAUUAGAGGAAACCUCUAAACUUAGAUCAAAACUUAUUUUUUCACAGAGCAUUUUCGCCAGUAAACAUUGCCAAAAAUGUUACUCAGAGAUUGGAUGUUUGAAACACAAUUCAAUCAUAAACAAUUAUGUGAAAAACUCUGUAAGUGAGAAGCUCUAUGAAAGUCAUGAAUGUGAUACAACUCUGUGGCAUCUUCAGAGAAAUCAAACAGUACAAAAAGAGUACACAUAUUCUAAACAUGGAAUGCACUUCACACAUAAUAUGUUUCACAUACCUAACAAUUUGCAUAUGGUACAGAAUUCCUGUGAAUGUAAUAAAAAUGAAACCCUGUGUCAUCAAUCAUCCCUUAAGAAACAAGGACAAACUCAUACUGAAAAGAAACAUGAAUGUAAUCAAUGUGGAAAAGCCUUCAAAAGGAUUUCUAAUCUUGCUUUACACAAGAAAAGUCACAUGGGUGAGAAACAAUAUGAAUGUAAAGAAUGUGGUAAAGUGUUCAAUGAUUCCUCAACCUUAAGGAGACAUAUAAGAACUCACACUGGAGAGAAACCCUAUGAAUGUAAUCAGUGUGGAAAAGCUUUCAGUCAAAAAACAUCCCUUAAGGCUCACAUGAGAACUCACACUGGAGAGAAACCUUAUGAAUGUAAUCAGUGUGGAAAAUCCUUUGGUACAAGCUCUUACCUUAUAGUACACAAGAGAAUACACACUGGAGAAAAACUCUAUGAAUGUGGUGAGUGUGGAAAAGCCUUCAACACGAGCUCUCACCUUAAAGUUCAUAAGAAAAUUCACACCGGAGAGAAUCUUUAUGAAUGCAGUGACUGUGGGAAAGUUUUCAGUGGGCUCUCAUCCCUUAGAAUGCAUGUAAGAACUCACACUGGAGAGAAACCCUAUGAAUGUAAGGAAUGUAGGAAAGCCUUCAGUGUUUCCUCUUCCCUUAGGAGGCAUGUGAGAAUUCACACUGGAGAGAAACCCUAUGAAUGCAUUCAAUGUGGAAAAGCCUUCAGUCAGAGCUCUUCACUUAUUAUACACAAGAGAAUUCAUACUGAGAGAGAAACUGUGUAAGUGUUAACGAAUGUAGAAUUGCUGUUUUCAUUGUCUUAAGGUGGAUUGCAAGCUCCUUGUCUCAGUCUUUGUUCUCUAAAAUAACCAUUUAAGGUUAUAAAUGGCUCUUUCGUAAUACAACAUUUUGUUCUAUAAAUACUAAUUACAACUGUUUUUGAUCCAUGGCUGUUUGGAAUUAGGUAUUUUUAAUAUGUGAGGUAUGUAUAUUUUCAGUUAUCUUUUUAUUGUUGGUUCCUGGGUUAAUUCCAUUGUGUUCAAAGAAUCCGGACUAUAUUUUACUGCUUUGUUGGUGUUUUUAUGAAAGUUGUUUUCUGGCCCAGUGAGGCUGCUAUUGCUAGCAGCCAACCAAACAUUGAGCUCAUCUUUCCUUACUAAUGAAUUCCAUCUGGCCAAGAACAAUAAGGUAUGUGGUUAUAGAACUCUUUGACUUCUUGUAGCUAAGGGUAGCCAUAUCAUUCAUUCCUGCUGAUUAAAAAAUAGACAUAUCACUGAGAACAAAACUAUCUAUCUUGUCCUCUACUUUUUGCACUUCAUCUUUGUCCCUAUGACUUGGCCGUUCCUGAAGCUGCUGAAAGAGCUAUCUUGUGACCAUGAAAAUGACAACUGUGGCCAAGGGAUGAAAUAGAAGAAAGAGAUCCCUGUUCCUCAAAGAAAUCUUUAAAUAGUUGUAGCAGCCCUGCACUGCUUGUAUUUGGACAUGUUUCUCUGUGAGAAAAAUAAAGUUUUUUGUUUGUUCGUU